AAGGAAAAGAGAUCUUCAUUAGUAAUGGAGUUCUGGGAAAGUAUAACAUCAUCACAAAAGCGAAAAUUUGCAGCUAUAUCAGAACGUACAACUGUAAUGUUCCGUGAGGUUUUCUCCUGUGAACAUCAAAUAUCUACAAAAUUUGAUUUACAAAACAUUGAUUAUAAAGUUUAUGAUGUCGCUGAGUUGUUUGAAAAGCCUAGACAAAUUCACUUGAG